UUUUCAUUUGUUGGUGGCAAAAUAAAAAAACAAAUUGCAAAUAUUGCUAGUGGCUCUCAAAAUAGACGCACAAGAUGUCCAACGCCGAGACACAGGUGCCCAGUUUGCCAAUGCCGCCGGAGCGUUACAUUAGCAACUACACGGAGGAGAACAUUAGACGCAAUCGGGCACCGCGUCCACCGCCGCCGCCAUCACAGCAUGAAGUCUACAGCAUGUUCGGCAUUCAGUACAACAACGACGAGAUGAUUCGCUCCCUAGAGUCACAGAAUAUCAAGCGCUUGAUACCCAUACACUUUGACCGGCGCAAGGAGCUCAAGAAGCUGAAUCACUCGCUGCUCGUCAACUUUCUGGAUCUCAUUGAUUUUUUGAUACUGAAUCCCGAUAGUCCACGGCGCACAGAGAAAAUUGAUGAUCUGAGUUUGCUGUUCGUGAAUAUGCAUCAUUUACUGAACGAGUUCAGGCCGCAUCAGGCGCGCGAAACUCUGCGAGUGAUGAUGGAAAUGCAGAAGAGACAACGCGUGGAGACCGCAACACGUUUCCAGAAGCACUUGGAACGUGUGCGUGAUAUUGUAAACAGCGCCUUCUCUGCGCUGCCUAAGCUGUAUGAUGAUGAUGAGCUUGGCGGGGCCAAAGUCAAAAUGGAAGUGGAUCCUCUAGAAUCGAAUGCGGCGGCGAAAAACGAUCCAAGCUAUCAGCACGAUCGCAUGAUGUGCAAGCUGGUGGAUGCCAUUGACUGAUAUACACGACUGGGUUACAAAUAUGGGAGAAGAUUUCUCUUAAUCUAAACAAUGUAAAAAAGAAAUUGUACCAUAAUUAAUGACAUAUGUAUAAGAAAUAAAUUAAUUACAUUUAUCUAUA